CAGACGGAAACGAGCAACAAGAGAGUCUACACCAUUAAAAAAAACAUAAACAAAAACGGAAUGAGAACGAUAGCAAAGGAUCAACAAUUGCUGAGCAGUCGAGUAGUUAUUCUGCUGCUAAUCGCCGCCUUGCUGGCCGAGGCAGCGCCACCACAGCAACUGGAUCAGAUUAAAGGACGCAUCAUUACGGGCACCGAUGCUUCGGUUGGACAAUUCCCUUGGCAAGUGAUACUUAAACGCGAUGAAUGGGAUGAUCUACUUUGCGGUGGCUCCAUUAUUUCCGACAGUUGGGUGCUCACCGCUGGCCAUUGUGCCUAUGGCCGUGACUCGCUUUACCUGGUCUUUGGCACCAUCGAGCUGAACGACGAGAGUGCCCAGAGUAUGACCUCAACCAAGUUGUAUGUGCAUCCCAACUACAACGAUAAGAUGAACAAUGAUGUGGCGUUGGUUCAGUUGCCACAACCUCUGACCUUCACCAACAAUAUCCAACCCAUUACGCUGGUGUCCAGCACACAAUCAGUGAACACUUAUGUGGGAACUCAGGCGACAAUUGCCGGCUUUGGCCUGGUGGACGAUGAGUAUCUGGACUAUUCGCAGGUGCUGCAAUACGCUCAGGUUCAGGUGAUUGCCAAUGACAAGUGUUCCGCGGUGUUUGGCACCAGUGUCGUCCUCUCUUCCACAAUGUGUGCUCAGGGCAAUGCGGGCAGCAAUAUGUCCACUUGUUCUGGCGAUUCGGGUGGACCGCUGAUCAUCAAUAACAAUGGCGCUUGGCUGCAGAUUGGCAUCAAUUCGUUUGUCGCCGAGGAUCGUUGCACCACCGGACUGCCGUCGGGAUAUGUGCGGCUCACCUCGUUCAUCGAUUACAUUGCCGAGACCACUGGACUGGCGCUCAGCUGAGAUGAGAAUCGUAAAAGUUCCUCCUUCAUUAAAAAUAAAACGCAAAUAUUCCACA